AUGUCAUCAACCGCAACAAUUUCGUUCCGCACGGCCUUCCUCGCCCCGCCCAUCGUCACGGCCCGCGCUUCUGCCUUCACCCCCGCCAUGCCGUCCCGCACCCCCCGCCGCAAGCCCCCGGCACAUCCGCGCUCGCCGUCGGCCGUGCAAACCGCCCCCGUCAGUCCCGCCUCGGACUCGCACAGCCUAGAACGCUCGCAGCGCAACGGCUCUCAGUAUAGCGCUUUUGAGUAUCCGUCCGUCCGCGUCCCUACCCGCUCUUCAAACCCGCUUCAACCGGCCUCCAUCUCGCAGAUAGCCAAGGCAAAUCGUCAUUAUGUCUUCGUGUACGGAACGCUGAAGAAAGGGUUUGCCAACGCCUCCUUUUUGGACAGGGCUACCUUCAUUGGAAAUUUUAGAACCCAGACAAAGUACCCUCUGGUCGUUGGAGGGAGAUAUAACUCACCGUAUUUGUUAGACAUCCCCAAGAGAGGCGCCAGGGUCAAAGGUGAAGUCUAUGCUGUGGAUGACGCCACGUUGGCUGACUUGGACCAUUUAGAAAAUGUCGGCGUUAACUACUCGAGAAAGGUCGGCAAGGUAGCAAACUGUGCCGACCGUGCCUUUGUGGCUGAUGUCUUCAUCUAUUUUAAGACUAACCUGCUGGAUGAGCUGUCCAGAAAACCCUUCGUUGCUGACUAUCAGUGCAGAAAGUAUGUGCCCAGGCAUCUCAGGCCGGUCGAGCAGCCGCUCGUGGCGAGGAGAUAGAGGAGUCCCGCGUGUUUGAAGGAGGGGAGAGCCGGGCUUUCGCUAGUAGAGCGUGGUUGACGCCCCUCAUACUGUACACUAGUUUGCUUGUCUCACACGGUCCGUUUGAAAUAAAAUUUCGUUACACAAUUACGUACA